ACGAGCUCCGCCCCUUCCCUCAGAGGUCCCGCCCCUUUGCCAGCAGCCGGGAGGGUGUUAGGGGGCGUUUCUCCAGGAGGAAAGCUGUGAGCUGCGACGCUGAGGAAGGGGACCCCAAAACGUCUGGCACUGCCCCCUCCAGGGAUCACUUUGGACCGCAUCACUCGGCCCAGCGGGAUUCAGAAACGCCGAGGGGUCAACCUGAUGGGUUUCGGGGUCAACGGAAGAGGGGAAGGGGAGCCCUGGCGGGGAGAACCCCCCGGUCCCCCGCCCAGCAGCUGAGGCACAGGAGGGCGGCCAUCUUGGCCGGGAGGGUAGGGCUGGGGAGCUGCGGGCGCCGUGCGAUUGGGGGGCUCGCCCGGAAGUGACGCCAACUACCCGGAAGCGGAGGGGGUUCCCUGGCCCACUCCCCCCUCGUUCGUUUGCUCCCCCGCUUCCUCCCCGCCCCCCUUCCUCUCCAUUCGUUUCCCCCCCUCCCCGUUCCCUGCCUUCUUCCCCCCCCUACCCGUCCCUCCCCCCCCAACCUCCGGAGCUGGGAAGAGAGUCAAGAUGGCGGCGAAAUCCGAUGGCGGUGGCGUGGGGGUGGGCUUUGCCCAGCUGCACAACCUGGACGAGGCGGUGGGCAGCGGCGGCGAGGAGGACGGGGAGCCCGGGGGAGGCGGCUGCGGCGGCGGCGGCGACGGCAGCGAGCCCGGCGAGAGCAGCUCGCUGCACAUCUGCCACUGCUGCAACACCUCCUCGUGCUACUGGGGCUGCCGCUCCGCCUGCCUGCGCUCCCUCCUGGGCAAGAAGCCGCGCCGCAGCGCCGCCGCCGCCGCCGACGGGGGGGACCAGCCGCUGCAGCCGCCCGCGGCCGCCGGCGCCGACCACCACCCCCCGACGCCUGCCGCUCGGCCGCAACCGCCACCGCCGCAGGUGGAGCGGCCGUGGCUCGACUGCCUGUGGAUCGUGCUGGCGCUGCUGGUCUUCUUCGGGGACGUGGGCACCGACCUGUGGCUGGCCCUCGACUACUACCGCAAGGGGGACUACGGCUUCUUCGGGCUGACCCUCUUCUUCGUGCUGGUGCCGUCGCUGCUGGUGCAGAGCCUGAGCUUCCGCUGGUUCGUGCAGGACUACACGGGCGGCGGGCUGGGCGCCGUGGAGGGGCUCAGCAGCCGGGGCCCCCCCAUGAUGGGGGCCGGCUACGGCCGCGGCGGCCCGGGCUCGGCCACGCCGGGGGCGCAGCGCCUGUGCCGCCUCUCCGUGUGGAUCUGGCAGUCGGUCAUCCACCUGCUGCAGAUGGGGCAGGUGUGGAGGUAUAUCCGCACCAUGUACCUGGGGAUUCAGAGCCAGCGGCAGAAGGAACACCAGCGACGCUUCUACUGGGCUAUGAUGUAUGAAUAUGCAGACGUCAACAUGUUGCGCCUCCUUGAGACCUUCCUGGAGAGCGCCCCCCAACUGGUGCUACAGCUCUGCAUAAUGAUCCAGAAGAACAGCGCCGAGACGCUGCCCUGUGUCUCCUCUGUGACUUCCCUGAUGUCCCUGGCUUGGGUGCUAGCCUCCUAUCACAAGCUGCUGCGGGACUCCAGGGACGACAAGAAGAGUAUGAGCUACAGAGGGGCCCUCAUCCACCUCUUCUGGCGCCUCUUCACCAUCUCAUCCAGAGUUAUCUCUUUUGCCCUCUUUGCUUCCAUAUUCCAGCUCUACUUCGGGAUCUUCGUGGUGGUUCACUGGUGCGCCAUGGCCUUCUGGAUCAUCCAUGGCGGAACAGACUUCUGUAUGUCCAAGUGGGAGGAGAUCCUCUUCAACAUGGUGGUAGGGAUCGUGUACAUUUUCUGCUGGUUUAACGUCAAGGAAGGGCGGACUCGAUAUCGAAUGUUUGCAUAUUAUACGAUAGUCUUGACCGAGAAUGCUGCCUUGACGUUCCUUUGGUAUUUUUACAGAAACCCGGAGACCACUGACUCCUAUGCGGUGCCAGCACUGUGUUGUGUCUUUAUUAGCUUUGUGGCUGGGAUCGCAUUGAUGCUCUUAUAUUAUGGUGUGCUGCAUCCCAUGGGGCCGCGAGCUAAGAUUUUUGCCAGCUCCUGUUGUGCCGAGCUGCUCUGGGGCAUCCCUCUGCCCCCCGAUGUUGAGCCCAUGGCGCCUCAGACCCCUGGGUACCGGGGGACCCAGGUCACGCCUACCAGAGCCGUAACGGAACAACAGGAGGAUCUCACGGCUGACACUUGCUUGCCCGUUUUCCAAGUGAGACCCAUGGGGCCCUUGACCCCGUCGGGGCGUCCUUACCACCCAGAAGGGCCCCUCAUUAAGAUUGACAUGCCAAGAAAGAGAUACCCAGCUUGGGAUGCUCAUUUUGUAGACAGGAGGUUGAGAAGGACUAUUAACAUUCUGCAGUAUGUCACCCCCACCGCAGUAGGCAUUCGGUAUCGAGACGGACCGCUCCUUUAUGAGUUGCUACAGUAUGAGUCUUCACUCUAAGAGCAUCUUGACCCAAGUUGAGAAGGGAACUUAAGUUUGGGUUGUGGUAAACACCGCUUACAAGAAAUAUAACC